AUGGUUCUGUGUCGUACGUUGCUUUCUGUUAUUUUGCUCUUGAGCAUUGCAUGUGUGGGUGUGGUGACUAAAGUGUCUGCUUCUACUGGAGAAGUUGCAGGGAAAGAGGGUGAUAGAGGUAUUAAAGGUGCUGAAGGUCCUGCCGGUCCUACAGGUCCUUGUCCUCCUGGUGAGGGAAAACAAGUUACUUGUCCUUCUAAGAGUGCUGAGACUUCUUGUUCUUCUACGCCUUCUGAUUCUACUGAUGCUCGUACUUGUACUCAAACCGAAGCGGAAGAGCCGCAUCCAAGAGUUCCUGAUGCUACAGCUCUUGUUCCUCCUCUUCUUCCACCAGGUCCUGUCGAUCCCAAAGGUUCUCACGGUUCUCAAGGUUCUGGUAAAGCUUCUUGUUCUGAGGGAGGGGAAAGUGACGUAAAUUGUCCGUCUGAUAGUGCUGAGACUUCUUGUUCUUCUACGCCUUCUGAUUCUAAUGAUGGUCGUACUUGUACUCAAGUCGCAGGAAAUGGGCAUAAUUCCGAUCAACCUCCUGGUACUGCUGGUGAAAGAGGUGACCAGGGUCCUGCUGGUACAGUUGGCACUCGGCAGGGUUCUGAUACUCAAACUGGUAGUGAUCCUGGUUCUUCUUCUGCUCAUCCUAAUGCAUCUCUUCCAUCUGAAUCUACUACUGAGGAGAGAAGGGAUCCAUCUCCAACUGACUCUCAAACUGAACAACGUGGCGGCAUUACGACAGAAGAGAGUGUAGCUAACCAGGGAGGUGAUGCAGCACAACCCUCUUCUUCUUCCAGUAGUUCAACCACGGAGAGUGCCGGAGCUGCGGAUAAUGAAACAAAAGAGAACGGCACUUCAUCUGCAGAGAGUGAAUCAACCGGUGAGCAAUCAACUUCAACCACCACUACCACCACUACCACAACUACAACACUUCAUCCUGAUCCUGCAAACAACAAGAAGGGUGAUGCAGACAGCAGCAGCAGUAUCAGCAGUUCCGUGUGGGUACGUUUGCCACUACUGAUUGUGGUUACACUGGCCUGUAUUCUUGUAUGCUGA